UCUCAGUAGCUUAUGUACACAACACUCAAGGAAAAACAUCUUUAGUAUAUUGUUCACCACUUCCUCACUAUACUCUCUAUUAUUUUCAUCUUCUCCCAUUUUUUUUAAGAAUGGAAAUGGUUGGCAAGAUUGCGUGCUUUGUGUUACUUUGCAUGGUGGUGGUUGCACCCCAUGCAGAGGCACUGAGCUGCGGCCAGGUUCAGUCUGGCCUGGCUCUUUGCCUCCCUUAUCUGCAGAGUCGCGGCCCUCUAGGGAGGUGUUGUGGCGGCGUUAAAGGUGUGUUGGGUGCUGCCCGGACCCCAGCUGACCGCAAGACUGCAUGCACUUGCCUGAAAUCAGCUGCUUAUGCUAUUAAGGGUAUUAAUAUGGGCAAAGCCGCUGGACUUCCUAGUGCUUGUGGCGUUAACAUUCCCUACAAGAUCAGUCCCUCUACUGACUGCUCCAGGGUCCAGUGAGGUUGAUGAAAGACAGUUUCUCUACGAACAAAUCUGAAAGUAGCGCAAUCAUAAUAAGAAGAUGAUCCUGCUUAUGGAUCCAUUACUAUGUAUCUGUUGUCUGUUUCUUUUUAUUUGAGUCUUUUCGAGUACUCAUAGUCGAGUCUUGUAACGAAACUUCAGCGGUUGGUUGGUUUUACAAUCCAAUCUUGAGACUUGAUAUAUAGAUAUCUUAUUUAGUUA